CAUCAGCCAGCCAGCAGCGGCCCCAGCGGGGGCCACCAGCGGUCAGUAUUUCGGCAAGCCGUCAUAGCUGUGGUGUCGUACGAAUAUGGGAAAAUGUAUUUGAAGCGCACGUCGAAGCUGCUGGACCUCACGGUGUCGCGUACCGCGGACGUGCAUCUGCGCGACCUGACGUGCCCGAUAUGCCGCGGCAUCCUGAUCGAGCCAGUGACGCUGCCGUGCACACAUAACCUCUGCCUGCGCUGCCUGCAGGGCACGUUCGAGCACAACAGCCUGAGCUGCCCGCUGUGCCGGGUGCGGGUGGGCUCCUGGCUGCGCACCGCCACCAAGUCCGAGACCCUGGUGAACCACGGCCUCUGGGAGCUCAUCAGGUCCAAGUUCCCGAAGGAGGUCGAGAGCAAGCACAAUGGCGAGGAGGAGGGGGACCUCGGCUUGGACGCUGAUUAUGCGGCGAACAGAAUACUCAGCGCGGCCGGAGAGAUACACCGGGAGUACAAGGCUCAACUACAAAUGGCCGAGGAAGAGAUGCGUCGUCAGAGGCAGGCCGAGCAAAUGGCCAGCGAGGCCUUGAUCCAGAAGAUUCAGGUGGAGGAUCAGCUGCUGCUGGCGCAGCUGGCGCAGGACCAGCUGCUGGCCAAGACCCUGGCGAAGCAGCAGCAGAAGGAGGCUGCGAAGUGUUACAACGAAUGCAUGGGCGCGUCCGUGCCGGGUUACGGUGUUUUCAACGAGUCCAAGUUCAACUACGCGCCGGUGCGUGUAAACCACGCCGAAGCGCCACUGGCCGAAACCGCGUGCCUGGAGGGCAGGCACAUGGGUCUUCCCGAGGCGGUCAGAGACAACUCGAAAACGAGGAUGAACGCGCUGCUGUCCAAGAUGUACUCCGUGCACGGCUCUAAGGAGGCGAACGCGUCCGGCGUCCAUAACAAUCCGUACUGCUGCCAGAAGCCCGUUCACAACGCCGUCGUGAAGAGGCAUCAGACGGUCUCGAAGUUCACCCAACCCUACGCCUCGAAUUACUCAAUGGAUGCUCCCGGAUGCUCCACGUCCAGAGCUCCCGCGACGGAGACGAAGGAGGAGUUGCGGGUACCGAGCGACGUGGUGAACAGCAAGAAGAAGAGUCUCGGGGUGGAGGUGUGCAUGACGCUGGCCGACGACGACAAGAGGAUAGGGAGCGCCGAGAGCUCCGGCAGUCACGACAGCAUAAAUCAGGAGAUCCAUCACUUUAAACCGAUCAAGACGGCGCCGAGGACGAAAUUGCAAAUUUCUUCAGAUGGAAAACAAAUAGAUCCGAAGUUGAUUAGGGUGAUCCCUAUUUUGAAGAAGGUGUCUAACGCAGUGCCAAAAGCUCCAUCGCCGACAUACGUGAAACGUAUCGGAUGCUCUUGGAGCGCCUUCAGAGGUAAAAUAAGACAGGACGCAAAGGAAAAGCACGUUACGCACAGUUUGAAGGAUAACACGGGGACGCCGAUUGAUCAGAAACCAUCGACGUCACUCAUUCAUUCUCAAACGAUGUCGAAUAAGUCGACGACGAAGGCACAGACAAAUGACGCAGUCGAUUCUAUAUCCGAAUCGUCGUUCGAUAGCAACAAAAAUUAUACGAAGAAUGCGAACAGAAUAAUCAAUGGCACUAAGGUGAGCAAGAAGUUGGACGACGAAUGGGACGCGAGGAAAGCACGCAAGUCCUGGAGACCGAGCAUACGAAACGGUAUGGUGGCGAAAUCUAAGCGACACAGAAAUCUGCGGAGCAGUAGAAAGGAAAUCAUUGUGAAUGUGAUAGACGAAGAGGAGAAGCAGGAGGGCGAUCCGACCGGCUCCAAUUCGUCGUUCGGUAAAGCAAGCCCGCAAGCUGGCGGCAAGCAGAACGGCAACGAUGACGUGGCCGUCGAAAAUAUAGCCGAGCGAAUUAAAAGGAGGAAAGAAAACGCGGAAAAGAAGAGUCCGGAGAAGACGUUGGAAGUUCCCGGGGUGGAGUUCAGCGCGUCCAAAAGAAGCAGAGCGGCAACGAAGAAGAAAGCGUUACCCGCGAGGACGGAUGAGAGUCCCGCGGUGGAUGAAGCCACGUUCUCGACGUCCCAGGAGAGUAUAGACGACGGGAAUUCCACGAGGAGGACGAAACGGCGAAAAGUGAGUAAAAAUUCUCAGAACAGUACGGAGGAUCUGGAGAAGAGCGAGCUCGCGACUGACACCGUGUCCGGCGUGAGGAAAUCCGCGCGAAACUCGACGAGGCUCUCGUCCGUCACGGCGGGCGAGUCGGACGGCGCGCGUAACAGGAACAGCGGCAAGUACAAUUACGACUCGCCGCCGGAGUCUUGCGACGAGACGGAGGAGAGUAGCGUCCCGGAAGGCGAGCGUACGGCCGACACCUGCGUCGGCAAGUUCCUCUCGGACGACGACGAGGUGGUCGAGGAGCAGCAGCGAAUCGAGCGGCUGCUGCUGCAGGAGCAGGCGGACUUCGAGCUGGCGCGUCGCCUGCAGGCCGAGUACGACGAGAUGGAGCGAAUAGGGCGCACCAGACGCUCGAGGAAGAUCGUCGAGGGCGAGGGGGGGAGCGUGAACAACGUGAACGCGCUCGAGACCGGCGCGGCGCGGACGGCACGGGACAGGACGAGCGCCGCGGGUGCGCGCAAGACCGCGAAACGGAAGCCGAUUGUCAGCCGAGCCGCGAGUAAGGCGACCAAGGCGAGGCGCAGCCGGCCGAAACGCAUGAAGAUCACGGUUGACGCGCGCGAGGACGAGACCCGCGCGCGAUAA